GUCACCUAGAUGCCCUGCUGAGGGGACUGGUCUUGGGCAAACUGGGCAAAGCUGGGCACAAGGCCACGCUAGAAGAGGCUCGACGCAGAUUUAAGGACCACGUGGAAGGAAAACACAUCCUGUCAGCUGAUCUGAGGAGUCCUGUCUAUGUCACAGUGUUGAAGCAUGGAGACAGCUCUACUUUAGACACAAUGCUCAAGCUGCACAAGCAGGCAGACAUGCAGGAGGAGAAGAACCGGAUUGAACGUGUGCUUGGAGCCAUCUCUCAGCCAGAACUCAUUCAGAAAGUUCUCACCUUUGCACUUUCAGAAGAGGUACGUCCCCAGGACACGGUCUCAGUGAUUGGAGGAGUGGCUGGAGGCAGCAAGCAGGGCAGGAAAGCUGCUUGGAAAUUUGUAAGGGACAAUUGGGAGGAGCUUUAUAAUCGAUACCAAGGUGGAUUCUUAAUAUCCAGACUAAUAAAGCUAACAGUGGAUGGAUUUGCAAAUGAUAAAAUGGCUGCAGAAGUGAAGCCAUUCUUUGAGAGCCACCCAACACCUUCAGCCAAGCUCACAGUGCAGCAGUGCUGAGAGAACAUCCUGCUCAACGCCGCUUGGCUCAAACGCGACGCCGACAACAUCCACCACUACCUGGUGCAGCGCAAGGUCCCCCCAGCCACGGUGUGA